AAUAUUCAAUGGAUAAAAUUAAGCAUGGCCAGAGUGUGCUCUUGAUUGGCAAUCCUGCUGCUCAGGCAGAGGCAUUGCAGCUUGCACAGUCUUCUCUUACCAGCAAAGUAUCCACUACUGGAAAAGUUUCUUUUGAGCAACUGGAUAGAAUACCACUAGUCAACCUUGCUUCUUCAUCCUUCCAUGCAAUUGUAACCGGCUCAGUAGUCCCAACAGCCUAUACUCAUUCCAACCUGGUUCUUUCCAAGUUUGCAAAAACUCUUGCACCUAGUGGCAUACUGAUUCUUACCGAACCAGUUUUAAUUGAUUCCUUGGCAGUCAUAUCGAUUGAAUCUGCUCUACACAACCAACGUAUGCCAUUUAGAACAGAAAGAUCAUUAUUGUCUGAUUUAAAGGUUAAUGGAUUCAUCAAUCCCCAGUUGGUUUCUUCCUUAAAUGUCGAUGAUGAUACGGUGCGAUUGUGGGCCUCUCAAUGCUGGGGCGUGGGUGAGGAUAGCAUGGCUCAAACAAUCGACUUGCUGCUGGGUAAAGUUGUACUGGUGACAUUUUCAGUCGCCAAGCCUGCAUAUGAACUGGGUGCUGCUGCCCCACUCAGAUUCGGCAAGAAAAAUACUACCGCACCUGCUGUGACAAAGAGUUCCAAUGCAUCGGUCUGGAUCGUAUCGGCUAAUGACGACGACGAUCCAAUUGCAAAUCAGGAUCUUGAGGAUGAAGAUAUGCUUCUGGAUCAAGACGAUUUGAAGUUGCCAUCCACAAAGGCCGUUGAUUGCUCUACAAAGAAAAAGGCUUGCAAAGAUUGCUCAUGUGGACGUGCUGAAAUGGAGGCUUUAGACGAGGCAAGCGACAUGGUUGCAAAAAUCACAGUCACUACUCCGCUAAAGACUGUCACUGCACCUGUUUCUUCGUGUGGGAGUUGCUAUCUUGGAGAUGCAUUUAGAUGCUCAAGCUGUCCCUAUAUUGGUAUGCCCGCAUUUAAGCCAGGUGAAAAAAUUCAGUUGGGAGGAAACCUUCUCAAGGAUGAUAUUCAAGCUCUUUAAUCUCAACUUUCUGCAGUCAUCAAAUAAAAGUUAUUUUAUUUUUUC